GGCCAAUCCCACCACACCUCGCAGUAGCGUGAAGGAAGGAUUGCAUUUUCUCAAAAAUCCCAUCUUCUUUUGUUGUAAAGGCGAAUAUUUCCCCACACUUCCCAAUACAGAGGACGUGUUCGUCAUUAGGAAAAAAAGCGUAACCUUCUCUUGGAAAUAAAACUUCCCUUGUUCGUCGUAUUUAUAUGUCGAACUGCAGACAUCGACCGAUCGACGAAUUUAACUCUUCUUCUCAUCUGUGUCCUCGAAUCCAGACUGUAUCCGUUAAAAAUUACUGAAUUUGAUUCUCUCUAUUAUCCAACCCGUCUUUGAUUCUUUGAUUUUCAACUCGAUCUGUUAAACCCUAAAUUAAUAGGAAAAGUCGAGGUUUUGGGGGGGUUUUUGGCACUUCUUUGUUUGCUCAAGUCUUUCAAAUUUGGAUGCAAAAUGUGGAAUUUUGGGUUUUAGUGGUGAAUUUGGAAUUCCAUUUUGGGAGGAUUUGGGGUUGAAGGGUGUUGCAUUUUGGGGGAUUCUUUGUGCUGGAUUAUUUGGAAAUGGAGGCAAUGACGCAAGCGAGGUUUAUGCUGGGGAAGCAGUCAUCGCUUAAGCCACUAGAACGGGACGAUGAAUCGAUGGCUGCUCAUGAAGAAGAACAAAUUCCGGAAGUUCUUGAUUCCACUUUCCGGCUCAUGUAUCUUGCCAACGAAGGUGACCUUGAAGGGAUCGAGGAACUGUUGGAUUCAGGAGUCGAUGUGAAUUUCAAGGACAUUGAUGGAAGGACAGCUCUGCAUAUCGCUGCUUGCCAGGGGCGUACCGAUGUUGUCGAAUUGUUGCUUCGCAGAGGCGCUGCUGUAGAUCCGAAGGAUCGAUGGGGCAGCACACCUCUUGCAGAUGCGAUAUAUUACAAAUAUCAUGAUGUUAUCAAGCUUUUGGAGAAAUAUGGUGCAAAGCCUUUGAUGGCCCCUAUGCAAGUCUACAAUGCCCGCGAAGUUCCAGAAUAUGAGAUUGACCCCAAAGAGCUUGACUUUACUAACAGUGUUGAAAUAACUAAGGGAACCUUCCGUAUUGCAAUAUGGCGUGGAACCCAAGUUGCUGUCAAAAAGCUUGGGGAUGAUGUGAUAACUGAUGAAGAUAAAGUAACGGCAUUUAGGGAUGAGCUCACAUUGCUUCAGAAGAUACGACAUCCAAAUGUGGUCCAGUUUCUGGGUGCUGUAACACAGAGUAGUCCAAUGAUGAUUGUCACUGAAUAUUUACCCAAGGGUGAUCUUCGUGCAUUCUUGAAAAGAAAAGGAGCAUUGAAGCCAAUGACAGCAAUCAGAUUCGCACUUGACAUUGCAAGGGGGAUGAAUUACUUGCAUGAGCAUAAACCAGAAGCAAUAAUUCACCGUGAUCUUGAACCUUCAAAUAUACUUCGGGAUGAUUCUGGACAUCUGAAAGUUGCAGAUUUUGGAGUUAGUAAAUUGCUGAAAGUUGCAAAGACAGUUAAAGAAGAUAGACCUCUAACAUAUGAAGACACUUCAUGCCGGUAUGUGGCUCCAGAAGUUUUUAGAAAUGAAGAAUAUGACACAAAGGUGGAUGUCUUUUCAUUUGCUUUAAUUCUACAAGAGAUGAUAGAAGGCUGCCCACCAUUUUUAACAAAGCAAGAUGAUGAAGUUCCUAAGUCAUAUGCUGCAAAAGAACGACCUCCUUUUAGAGCUCAGGCAAAGAAUUAUGUAUAUGGUCUAAAAGAGCUAAUUGAGGAGUGCUGGAGCGAGGAGCCUUCAGAGAGACCAACAUUCAAAACAAUAAUUAUCAGACUGGAUGAGAUAAAUAAUCUUUUUCAUAAAAGGCGUUGGAAGGUUAGACCAUUAAGGUGCUUUGAGAACAUUGAGGCCAUGUGGAAGAAAGAUUCUUCUGAUCCCAGCAGUUCUUCUUCCAAUUCUACAAAUGGAUGAGUUACUUCAUUCCACCUGCUUUUUAUGGCAAUUGUAUCAGGAAACUUUUGCUUUCCAGCUUGGUGUAAAUGUAAGAAAUCUUGGCAGAUGCCUGGCUUAUUGCUCAAACAAAUGGUCCUCUCGUUGAUGUGCAAUUUCUGUUCAAAGUGUAAGUCUCCCUUUGAAUUUGCUGGGCCAAGAACAACAAUGUACAUGUCAUUGGGAUACCAUUAUUGUUCGUUUAAACUGAUGUGUAAGCAUGAUUUAUGCAUUUAUAGAUUUAUGGAAGAAAAUGCCAAGUGAGUGUAUUAUGGUAAGUAUAAUAUCCAUUAUUUCGUACA